GAAAGAGAAAGAAAGGAUUUUGAGAAAUAAUUGUCUAGAAUCAUUGAAAUAAUGUUCUUGCGUAUCGACAGGCUGUUACGUUUUGGACUACUGUUUCUGUUAUGGAUAGGCUCGAGUUGUCAACAAGAGGAGGACAUACCUCACAACGAAGUGAAAAACUGGGCUUUAAAGUUUGGCGUGGAUCUAUGGGAGUUUGGUAAACAAGUAACCAAAAUGAGCGAAAUACAAAGAAAAUAUCACGAAGUAGAGGCCAACGUCAUAAAAAGGGAUGGUCUUGUCCUUGUUCGGGAAAUGGCCAUGGAAGUGAAAAAUAUGAUAGACUUCAAAAUGAAUGCUGUAAUGAGAUUAGUGGAGAGCGCUGAACAGGCUGCAGUAUCUGCGCCGAGGGAAGGAAACAUGUCGCCCAAGUAUUAUGCUUCGCAUCGGCUUAAUAACUUUGUUAGCGACGAAAAAGGUCCCACACAGGAGAUGUUUCUCGCUACGAAUCGCCACUUCGAUAAUCUAGCAGUGAACGUUAGUUUGUCUGCCGUGCUCCUGCCAAAUGGAAUUAAAGACAAUGAGCGUGACGUUGCUUUGGGUAUUCAGUGGAGCGAGUACUUGGAUCUGUUGUUUGUUAAUAAUUAUGAGAGUGACCCUACGCUUUCAUGGCAAUAUUAUGGAGCGACGACAGGAUUUCUACGUCGCUUUCCAGCGAUAUCAUGGCCACCGAUUGAGGGUACACCUGGAGCAUUUAGGUCCUCGCAUCACCGAACGGUUCGUGAUGUGUAUGAUUUUAGGAUGUCGAAUUGGUUUGUUGGGGCGGCAAACAGCCCGAAAGAUCUAGCGAUAUUGAUCGAUAGCGCGACGUACACGUCUGACCGGAAUCGGCGAUUAACAAUAACUACGACAAAAGUCGUCUUGGAUACUUUAGGGCCGGACGAUUAUAUAAACGUAUAUCGUUAUGGCGAGAAUGCCGAGGAAAUAGUGCAGUGCUUCAAGGAUAGUCUGGUGCAGGCGUCACCUGAAAAUAUUCAUGAGAUGAAGGUAGCUUUAAGUUCUCUGAAACACGAAGACACUGUGACCAAUAUUUCAGCUGCGCUCAGCACCGCCUUCGAGAUCCUUCAUAAAUACAACCGCUCCAGUCAAGGAAGCCAGUGCAACCAGGCCAUUAUGUUGAUCACAUCCGACACCGAUGGCCCACCAGCAGAAGUGAUAAAACGUUACAAUUGGCCGCAUAUGCCCGUACGGAUCUUUACCUAUCUCAUCGGUGGGGACAAGAGUCUUGAUCUCCAAAACACGGCGUGCACCACUAAAGGAUUUUACGCGAGAAUAACGAACGCGGACGAAAUCCAUAAUAAAGUUUUCGAGUACGUGAAAGUUUUAGCGCGGCCUAUGGUACUCUAUCAACAUGAUCAUCCUCUUCAUUGGAGUCCCGCUUACGUAGGUGGAAAAAGUAGUAGAUAUGGCAGAGAAAAUCGGGGCCAAUUGAUGACAUCUGUGACAGCUCCGAUUUUAGAUCGCCGGAAUUAUACGGUAAAAACGGCUAAUUUAUUGGGUAUUGUCGGUACCGAUGUACCUAUCGAAGAAAUUCAGAAACUCGUGCCGCCUUACAAGUUAGGAGUUAAUGGAUAUUCAUUUAUUGUUGACAAUAAUGGCAGAAUUCUAUAUCAUCCUGAUCUACGACUUCUCCCUGGAAAUACAGAAUACGAUGAAACAUUAAAACCUUCGUAUAUAAGUGUAGAUCUAUCGGAAGUUGAACUCGCAGAAUAUGAUGGUCCUUCAGCCUCUCCGAACAAUUCGCUGUUGCUUGAUCUAAGACGCGAUAUGAUCGAUCAAAAGGAAGGCGAGACGGACUUCACAAUCAAAAUACAUUAUGAUGAUAUGAAAAGAGUUACAAUUAGACGACAUAAUUAUUUUUACAAACCGAUCGAGGGUACACCGUUUUCCUUAGGCUUGGCUCUACCCGAAGGUUAUGGCAUGUUCGAAUUACGAGCCGAGCAAGAAAUUAAGCUCGCUAUUGUAAAUGUAACGGAGUAUUUUAAGGGGAGCAACUGGAAGGUGCAUCCUGAUUGGGUUUACUGUGAAUAUAAUUCGGCUUCCGAUAAAUUCUUUUCCUCCCCGGAAGAACGCAUUCUGCACUUCCUAGCACGGACGCGCAGACCGGGAUGGAAAUGGAUGUCCUUGAGACCAAGGAGUCCUAGCUCGCAUCACAAACAGGCGAGCAAGCCAGAUAAAGACUCUUAUUAUUGUGACAAGAAACUAGUGCAGUCACUUGUCUUAGAUGCUCUAGUAACAGAUGGAUUCGAUAAGAGAGAAGCGCAAAGAAUGCACAAGGAAGAGAACGAAAAUCAGGGCAAAGGUAGAUUCGGCGUCACCAGGAGCUUCAUUGCGACCAGGAGCGGACUCCUGCGAUGGCACGAACAUCAACAGAAUGACGGAAACACCGAGGAACCGCGAUUCGCUGAAAAACAUGCAAGAGCUAUGGAUUCAUCAUGGUACAAACGCGCAGUAGAUCAACAUUCCAUAGAACCGGAAAGCUUCGUUUUCAGCGUAUCAUUUAACGCAGCCGAUACGACCGAUCCACUCGUCACCGCCACCCAUGCUAUAUUCAUCGGAAAAGGUCACAAAGCUCCAGCAGUGGUAGUAGGUUUGCAAUUCCAACACUCAUCUUUAGCAACCCAUUUUGUGAAUAUUACUUCGACAUGUACCGGAAUGACAGGAUGUAAAAAGAAUUGUGCCUCGGAGGAGCUCGAUUGUUACAUUCUAGAUAACAAUGGAUUUAUUAUUAUAAGUGAACGUCAUGAGCAUACCGGAAAAUUCUUCGGCGAGAUAGACGGAACUAUAAUGGAUUCUUUGGUGCAAGAUAGGAUAUAUAGAAAAGUGACCGUCAUUGAUUAUCAAGGCACUUGCAGUCCUCAAGAAUCUCAUCAAUCAUCAGCGCCGCGAACUCUGUCUGAUUCUAUCAUAAUGACAGCAGUGGCAUUUGGCAACUUUCUUUGGACUUUGACUUUGAGUUUUAAUAUUCAAGACUUAUGGCAGACGACAUUGGCAUUUGCUAACGACAUAAUGAAUGAUGACUUAGUAUUCACCGAUGAUGAGGAGACACACGAAUUCGAAUCGUUGACGCCUGCCGACUCGGCAGAUGAAGUAACAUCGGAUGAGAAUAACGUAUAUGUGAGAUUUCCAGUAAUCGCGCCAGCGACACCAGUUUCGCCGCCAACUACACGGGCCACUUCCGCUCAUUAUCCAAGAAAAUUACGUGCUUGCGAAAAGAAAACGGAUUUGUAUAUUCUACAACCCGAGCGUCUCAACACCAGCGGCCAAAGCAAUCCUCUGAAAGGAAAGCUCACCAAUUGCCACAUAACAGGAUGUGAAAGACCAUUUAGCGUCCAAAAGAUCCGUCACACCAAUCUGAUAUUGCUAGUGGUCGACACGUUGUGCCCAUGCGGUAGUAAACAACUGAGCAUUGAACCCAUCGAGGCAUUAACCGAACCCGGAGCAUGUACGGCAAGGAGAGAACGUUUGUAUCGACGAAGACCACCAAAAUGUAUAAACUAUCACCCUGAAGAGAUGGAGAUCAAAUUUUGCGGUAGCGCCAGCCGUCUUUUUAACUACUCGUUGAAUUUUAUGUUUCUCUUAUUCGUUAUUACAGUGCGGCUUGCGUGACUUUGUCGGGAUUAAUUAAUCGCGCGUAUUCGACGUGCAAACAGACAAACACACAUACAUAAACUUACACACAUGUUACAAAUUACAUUUUUAAAAUGGAUUUAACGUUAUCGUU